UGCGGCUCGGGCCGCCGGCUCCGGGACUUGUCUCGGCCCCCGGAACCGGGCGGGGAACCGGGGGCUCCCGCUCCCUCGCCGGCGCUCUCUCGCCCGGAAUGGGCGGAACAGCGGUUGGAUCCGCCCAAGGCUACCUGCAGGGAGGCGGCGGCGCGGCCGGAGGAGGAAGGAGGAAGUCCGCGGGGACCGCCAAGUAUCGGGAAGUGGCCUCGGCGCUCGAGGGUUGAGCGGGACUCCGCGACGAUGGAGGGAGGCAGUGGAAGUGGCCCUGAAAUGGCCAAUGACCAGGUGAAGAACCUCCAGAAUGAGGUUGAGGGUGUCAAGAAUAUCAUGACGCAGAACGUGGAGCGGAUUCUAGCAAGGGGCGAGAACCUAGACCAUCUGCGGAACAAGACGGAGGACCUGGAAGCAACGUCAGAGCACUUCAAGACAACCUCGCAAAAAGUGGCCCGGAAGUACUGGUGGAAGAAUGUCAAGCUGAUUGCUAUAAUCUGCAUCAUUGCUGCCAUCAUCCUCAUUCUCAUCAUCCUCUUUUCCACCGGCGUCAUUCCAUCUUAAGUUCUUCUCCCCCCACUGGAACUUUUCUGCUCAUCAUUCCCACAUUUUUUAUUUUGCCCCCAUUGUCUCCUCCCUUAAUAGCUGAAAUUCCUAACUGGAUCUCAAGACCCUUUGCCAAAUGCUGCGGUCAAGAGGGCCAGAUUGCUUCCCUGAAUAUCUUCUUGUCCCCCCGUUUGCCAGUCCCCAUUAUCUCCCUCCUUCUCCACGAGUAUCUGUGCUCCAGGAGUUAGUGCUCUCUCUUGGAUCCACCCAGUGUGCCUCAGCAAUCCCUCAGCUAUACAUGUGAAUGUAACCAAGAGGAAGUAGAGGCCAUUUCUGAUAGAUUAUUGCCACCCAGCAGAAUAUACUUAGGUUCUAAUUCUACAAGUGCCUCAGCUGCUACUUGGAAUAGAGC